AUGGAUUUACUUUUUAAUAUAUUUUAUAAAUAAUAUCCUUAGUAUAUAUAUAUAUUAUUUUAUUAUUUAAUUUACUGUUUCCUUUUGAAUAAUAAUAGUUUUAAUUAUUUAUUAGUUUUUAUGUCUAGAAAGAAUAAUCUUCUAAUUCAUUUUUUAGUUAUAAGUUCAUUUUUUUUUUAAAAAAAAAAAAUUAUGAAAAAUAAUUAUAUUAUGAAAAAUAAUAUAUUAUAAAAAGUUUUUUUUUUUAAAAAAAAUAUAAAAAUUAAUAUUUUCAUAAAAAUAUUAAAAACAUUUAUUUAAUUUUUUAAAAAUUUAUAAACAAUUAAAUUAAAAAAAUAUAUAUAUUUUUAUUAUAUGUCGUUCGAAUAAAAAAUCUAAUAAUUAACAAACUCUAAUAUAAACUAAAAUUAUUUUAAUUUUCCUUAUAACCAAAUUCUUUAAAAAAGCAAUUCAGACAAAAGGUAAAGUAUAAAUUUUAAUAAUCAAGAAAAAAAAGUACUUGUAAAUGAAAAAGAUUUAAAUUCAUCAAUAAAUAAUUUAAUCUUAAAAUAUUCAAAUAAAAAUACUUAAUCAGAAAGAAGUUAAUCUUUUAAAAAAAAUUUCAAUGAAUAAAAAAAUUUUUCUCAAUAUAAAAUUUAAGAAACUACAAUAAAUAUAAAAAAAAAUCAUUUUUUUUAAUAAAAAAGCUAAUAGUAAGUAUUAUAAUAAAGAGAUAUUUAAAUGAAAAUUUUAGAUAAUUAAUAAAAUAUAAAUACACUUUAAUAAAGUAAAUCUUUUUUGAAAAAAAAAAUAACUUAAAUGAAUAUAAUGGUAAUUAUAUAUUGA